GGUAAAAAAGCCCCAACCCCCAGCCGACCCAGGAGGACACCCACCUCCUCCUCCGCGCAAGAAACGCCAAAUGGCGGCCGACUUGCAAGGAAGCGGCGUGCCUUCGCGGGUGCUCUGCCUGGAGCCCGGCGCUCAGAGGUGGACCGACGUCUCCGUGCGCGUUCUCCCCUACCUCCAGAACGCCGUCGCCCGCGGGUGUACCGUCACCAGGAUGCCCCUCGCCGGUGGCCACUUCCACGUCUACGACUUCACCCUCAUGAGGCGCUACAUUGAGGCCCAGCCCACCAGCAGCGUGCCGCUCGCCUGGUACGACGAAGGCGGCACCGCCUUCUUCCCGCCCGGCCCGGCCGCCGGCGUCCCGGUGGCGGCAAGCGCCGAGAGCUGCACGGUCAGCGCGCACGAUGCCGUCAGCGUCGUCCGCAGCUGGACCCUGGACAUGGCGGCGGUCACCGGAGCGGAGAUCUCCGUCCCAGGAAAGUCGGCGCUGCGCAUGUUCCGGGAGAAGGAGAUGGUAAUGGGGCUCAACGGCGUCAAGCUCGGCUGGUACGGCGCCUCCCCCGGGGACGUGAGGAUGGCCAGCGCAGGCUUGUUCCGGAGCCCCAACUGGCACCUUCUCGGGGCCCAGCGCGCGCACGGCCGCGGCCUGCACUUCUCACCCCUCAGGUUCCCGCAUCUUAGGUGAGCCCGUUCUCUUGGAUUGGAUCUUCAACGAUUGGUACAAGAAUUGGGGGUGUUUCCUGGUCUGCAACACGAGUUCUUGAUUCUCUUUGUCUGCUGCCAUGGUUCUGAAUUUCUUGGAGCAAAUGGAGGGUGGUCGUGAUAUUGCUCAAGAACUGCGAAAUCGCAGCUCGAAUCGUAUAAGAAUCAAUCAAAUGAUAGGCUGGUCGACAAGAAUGGAGAGUUCCUUGAUUACCUAAAAUUAGUAACAUGUUUCACAUGAGUACGGUAAUGGGGAUAAUUCGACAUAAGUUCUUGGUCUGAGGAAAUGCCAAACAGAAAUAGCAUGAGCAAGAACUACGAUUUGAAAGAAGAUUAACAAGCUUUGCAUAUCCUCGAAAUCUAAUAAAGUUGGGACUCUUUUCUGCUCUGCUUUCCGGUUCUAGUACGGGAGAAGGAUAUAGUUGUUUUUCGCUACAGCAUCUUCAGUUCGAUUUGUAACCGAACGGUUUUGUAGCAAGUCUGCAGUAGUGACAGAGCAAGGGGAGUCCUUGAGUUGAACAAAUCAAAUAGUAAUAGUAUGUGCAGGAACUGCAAUUUCUUUUGCAUCGUCUCAUAAAAUGAGUUUGUUAAUGGCAAUGGAGGAACUGUUGCUAGUUUCUAUUUGGUUAAGUUGUGCAUCUCCAAAUUUCAGUCCGAUGAUGUUACCAACAUUUGGAUAUGUCAGAUAAAUGCAGAGUUUUGGGAAACCAAGUUGAGUUGUUGAUCUGUAAUGAGUGCCAGACAGUUUCUGAAUGUGUACGGUUGCAACACUUAGCGGAGAAACCCGAUGAGCUAACUUGAAAUUUUCAUUUCAAUUAGCAUGGCCAUAGCUGAGGCAUAUCACAGCGGUGAAGCAUGGGUGUUGCUGUGCCGCAUCUUGCAGGGCGUGCCAACGGCCAUCCAUGCCGGAUCAAACCAGUCCCAAAACAUGUUACCUGGCCCUGGCCUCCAGUCUGCUGGUAGUCUUGACAACAUGCUCAAUCCAAGCUGGUACGUUGUAUGGGCUGAAGACAUGAACAUGUGCGUUCUCCCAAUGUGCAUGGUGAGCUUCAUGAAACGCCCAGUGGGCCCAAGUUGAGGAUCACUGGUACUUGUCUGAAAUGGUGUUACUUGAAGAAGUUGCACAAGGAGAUCAAGAGGGUUCUGCCGUCCUCUCAGUUGCAGCUUUUGGACAAUUUGUUCGAUAGUAACACGGUAAACGCGUAUGCUUUCUCCAAGUUGGUGAGUGGCCUUAUUGGUAUCGAUAUGUUUGUCGGUGCCAUCCUGAAGGCUUUAGAGCACCGAUUCUCUGAAAACACUGAUGGAUGAUUUGUGAUCUUUCUAUCUGAUAUGUAUGUCAAUCGUCACAAUUGCGCUCAGAUCUUACUUGAAGAACCUUGAUGCUUUAGGAGAUUCAAAACCUGUAGUCAUGUCCAAACAUGGAAGGGGAUCUUGCAUGAAACUGUUCACAAAAUACAGUAGCUAGCCACAUCAUACGACUAGUUGUAUAAAAUGUUGAUAGUUCAAAUUCUUUGCUCUAGGGACGUUUUCGCAGUUACCAGAUUUAUUUUGGACUGGUGAGUACAUAUAUGAACUGAGAAUACUGAUUGAGAUUCUUAAUACCAGUUUGGCCUGAAAUUGCUUUGAUUCCUUUA